GGCGUUCGCCUAGAUCGGCACGACCGGCACUCCAGCAGGGGCAGAAUCGUCCGAGAGGAAGAGGACCGGUUGCGAUCUUCCAAAAGGGAACCUCCUCCGAAUCAGCAAACCUCCACGACACAUUUCCGUUCAUCCCUUCUCCCACUUUCAGCCGUCUCCACUCUCCAGCAGUCCCUCUUCUUGUUCCCUCUCUCUCUCUCUCUCUCUCUCUCUCUAGGUUUGCCUGUGCUGUGCUGGGUACAGAGAAGGGGAUUUGUGCCAAGAAACUGACAUUUCGAUUUGGGGAGUGGCUAAAUUCGUCGCUGUGAAAUCAUGGUUCUGAAGUCGUACACAAAUCUGCUAGAUAUGUGUUGUGAAGAUGUGUUCCAACAACCUUUAAGAUCUCUUCCUCAUGUGGUGACCUCUCCUGGCAUCAUAUCUGACCCUGAUUGUGAAAGUAGUAAUGAUGGCAACUUGGUUGGUUCUACGCAUAUUUGUUUUAAGAGAAAAAUUAUUGUUGCAAAUUUCCUUCCUAUGAUCUGUGCAAAAAAUGAAGCUACCGGUGAAUGGUCCUUUGCCAUGGAUGAUAAUCAACUUCUUGUUCAACUUAAAGAUGGUUUUCCAAUUGAUAAUGAAGUUAUUUAUGUGGGUAGCUUGAAUGUUCAAGUUGAUCCUAGUGAGCAAGAUCGAGUUUCUCAAAAGCUCUUCAAGGAACACAGAUGCAUACCUACUUUUCUCCCAGCUGACCUCCAGCAGCAAUUCUAUCACAUAUUCUGCAAACAGCACCUAUGGCCACUUUUUCAUUAUAUGCUUCCUGUUUGUCAUGACAAAGGUGAGCUCUUUGAUCGCUCCCUUUUUCAAGCCUAUGUGCGGGCCAACAAAAUUUUUGCUGACAAAGUUGUGGAGGCAGUCAAUUCAGAUGAUGAUUGUGUGUGGGUUCAUGAUUAUCACCUCAUGCUUAUCCCAACCUUUUUAAGAAAGAAACUGCACCGGAUCAAAGUUGGUUUCUUCCUCCACAGCCCAUUUCCCUCGUCUGAGAUCUAUAGGACACUGCCAGUGCGGGAUGAAAUUCUAAAAUCACUUCUUAAUGCUGACCUCAUUGGCUUUCAAACUUUUGACUAUGCCCGCCACUUCCUUUCAUGUUGCAGCAGGCUGUUAGGCCUUAAUUAUGAGUCAAAACGUGGCCACAUAGGUAUAGAGUACUUCGGCCGAACAGUGAGCCUCAAGAUUCUUGCUGCAGGUGUACAUGUUGGUCGGCUUGAGUCCAUGUUGAAGUUGCCUGCUACAAUUAACAAGGUUCAAGAAAUUGAGAGUAGAUAUAGUGGCAAGUUGGUAAUCUUAGGUGUAGAUGACAUGGACAUCUUUAAAGGUAUCAGUCUAAAAUUGCUUGGCUUGGAGCUUCUUCUGGAAAGAACACCUAAGCUUCGAGGGAAGGUUGUCCUUGUACAGAUUGUUAAUCCUGCAAGAAGCAUUGGAAAAGACGUUGAGGAAGCAAAAUAUGAAGCUGUAUCCGUAGCUCAAAGGAUAAAUGAUAAAUAUGGUUCUGCGAAUUACAAGCCUGUUGUCCUCAUUGACUAUUCAAUACCUUUCUAUGAAAAGAUUGCAUUUUAUGCUGCAUCUGACUGUUGUAUCGUAAAUGCUGUGAGGGAUGGCAUGAAUUUGAUACCCUAUGAGUACACUGUAUGCAGGCAGGGAAAUGAGGACAUUGAUAAGCUCAGAGGUGUUAAUAAGAGCUCAUCUCACACAAGCACACUUAUUGUGUCUGAAUUUGUGGGUUGCUCUCCAUCUCUUAGUGGAGCUUUCAGGGUAAAUCCUUGGAGUAUGGAAGAUGUGGCUGAUGCAUUAUACAAUGCAACAGAUCUAACACAAUAUGAGAAGAAUCUGCGCCAUGAAAAGCACUAUCGCUAUGUCAGGUCUCAUGAUGUUGCUUACUGGGCACACAGCUUUGACCAGGAUCUGGAGAGAGCAUGCAGAGAGCAAUAUAGCCAAAGAUGUUGGACAACUGGGUUUGGUUUAAAUUUUAGAAUUAUUGCUCUUUCACCUGGAUUCAGAAGACUGUCUCUAGAACACCUAACCUCAUCUUAUAAGAAGGCUAACAGGAGGAUGAUAUUUCUGGACUAUGAUGGGACUCUUGUGCCGCAGGCAUCACACGACAAAUCUCCAAGUGCUGAACUUAUUUCUAUCCUUAACAGCCUGUGCAAUGAUAUGAAGAACACAGUAUUUAUAGUCAGUGGACGAGGAAGAGAUUCCCUAAGUGAGUGGUUUGUUUCAUGCGAGAACCUUGGUAUUGCUGCUGAACAUGGUUACUUUAUCAGAUGGAACAAAGCAGCUGAAUGGGAGACAAGUUUGUCAGGUCUUCAUUCUGAAUGGAAACUCAUUGUGGAGCCUAUCAUGCAUUUAUAUAUGGAAACAACUGAUGGGUCCUUCAUAGAGCAAAAAGAGAGUGCUCUGGUAUGGCACUAUCAGAACACAGAUCAUGACUUUGGCUUGUGCCAGGCAAAGGAGCUAGUGGGCCAUCUGGAGCGAGUCCUAUCAAAUGAACCUGUUGCUGUGAGGCGAGGCCAUCAGAUUGUAGAAGUUAAACCUCAGGGAGUUAACAAGGGGAUUUCUGUGGACAAGAUCAUUCAGACCAUGGUCAGUAAAGGGGAUGUACCAGAUCUUUUGAUGUGCAUCGGAAACGAUCGAUCGGAUGAGGACAUGUUUGAGAGCAUCAAUAAAGCUACCUCCCUUUCUGAGCCUGCCAUUCCAGAAGUAUUUGCCUGUUCCGUUGGCCCAAAGGCCAGCAAAGCAAACUACUAUGUCGAUGGCUGCAGCGAAGUAAUCAGAUUACUGAAGGGUGUCACAGCCAUUUCACCCCAAAAGGAUACUGUCAGCCAUAGCCAUGCGGUCUUCAAGGAUACACUCGAGGUUAUCAGCUGAUCCACACAAGCAGUCAGCUCAAACUACCUACAUCCAACUGUGUUCAGCCUGUCAAUCUCAAAUUUCCACUGCAUGCAAGCUAUACAUCACUCAAAAACAUAUCUGCCACGUGGAACUCUAAAUUGGACAAGAACAAUUGCAAUUGUUGACACGAAGACAACAGUGAUCACAAACUGCAAGUUCCUGCAAAUGGCAUCACCAUUGAUGAUGCAAUGACAACAGAAAUCACAAACCGCAAGUUCCUAAUUUGUAGGUAAGACUACCAGUGGGAUGCCAUACAUUUUGUAGGCGGUUGAUCUGAUGGUGAAAGGAUUUCCUGCUAGAGCCCCAACUUUGCAGCAGCUGGGAGAGCCCUGGACCUGUGUACAGCUCGUGGGUUGCACCUACCUUCAGAAUGAUUUGCAAUUCAUCCCAUCUGACGCUUGUGCUGCACUGAGCACUAUUACACUAUUUCUUUAUAGAAAACAGGUGUGAUUAGGUGAUUACCGCUGUAUCUGUAGGUUGUAAUUCACCCACGUACCUUUGAGAAAAACAUGGUGUUUUUGAUUUGAGGAAUCUGUUAGUCCAUCACCUACUCAUUUCUCAUUUCUUUUUGUUUGCUUUGUGGAAUAGAAUAGGUUGAUGUAUCAUGGUCUUAUUCUUCACAAGCUAGUAAUUAUCACUAAUAUGACAAAAUGGAGUCGUUGUGUCAAAUUUGA